AUGCAAUCCCAUUCUUCAGCAAAGCCCCAGAAAAACAGCGCCCUGUUACGUGCGCCUGCGGAACUCCGUCAUGAGAUUUACUCCUACCUAGUGCCAGAUCAUAUACACGCAUGCGUUCAAGGCGACAAGCUGCAUUUGUCUACGUGCGUUGUAGGUCGAAUCAAAGAGGAGGAUGAUAGCAAGGGUGCUAUGUUGCCAUCAUCGAAUAUGCUUGAUGGAUAUGAACGCCAACCUAAGGUUCCCUUGCACGGUGAUCAUGACCCCGUAUGGGCACCUCGUUUACGGUCAACAUGGGGACCACAUUGGAUAUGUGAGGAGAAUACAUUAGAUCAACAUUCUGAAGGCAAACUGGAUUUGGCGCUUCUUCUUGUUUGCAGGGACAUGUAUCUUGAAGUUGUUGACCUCUUGGCUCGCACCGCUGUGUUUCAUAUCACGGACUUGGAAACCGCCAACUUUUUGCAUGAAAGACCACUAUUGCUAUGUAGCAUGCAACUAAGACUCACGCAACUGAGCAUCACUCUCAGGCCCCCAAUAAAGUUCUACCAGUCCCUAGAACGCCCAGACGAUGAUACUACCAUGGAACCAGAACUAGCCAGCGCGACGCAAACCUGGUCACGACUCGGCUCCAUUAUUCGCCAAUUCAAUCGCCUCUCAAGACUUUGGAUAUGGCUAGACCACGACGAUCCGUGCUCCUGGUCGCUUGUAAACGAGCGAGCUACUCUCCAGCCUCUCAUCACCCAAUUAUCCGGCUCUCCAAAUCUCAAAAUCUCCAUCUAUCUACCAAGGCUUCACCCAAAGUAUGAAAGGGAGGAUUGGCACUAUACUAGCGAAACUCCAACACCGUUUCACUUGCACCGCAAACUGCGACAGAGAUGGCAUGGCGUGGAAAAAGGUCAGGGACGUUUCCAGGUGAUACACAAAGUAGAUUUCCCCUUCCUAAUUGAUAUUAUCGGCUUUGACGAGAUGUCCAUGGUAGAAGUCGAGGAAGAAGAGCGGAAAGGUUGGAGAAAAGGUACAGAUAUGGAGCUUGUGGUCGAGGACUUGAAUCAUGCGAACAUACAUGAGAACAUGCACAUCUAG